GCAGGUCCUUGCAUGCUGGAGCCUCCAGAGUGAGUCAGGAGCUGUUGGAGUGUUUUGGUGCUCCAGCUUUACCCAGUCAGCUCAGGGAGAGCUAAAGAUGCUGCAGAUCUGAACUACCAGUGAGACUUGGGCCAUGAAGUUUGUCAUGCAGUGAACUGUGAAUGCAACUGGAGCUGCUUCUCCUCUGCAUCCUCCUCCUCCUCCUCCUUCCUCUCCGCCUGUUAUCACCCAGCUCAUUAUCCUCUCUGCUGCUGGAGCGUGCAGACGCCUCUGAGCCCCUCCAUACCGGGGUUUUCCUUCAGCGCCACCUGAGCGGAUCCGUCUGGACGUACGAACACAACGCUAACAUUCAGACCCGCAGGCUGCAGAGCAGCAUGGACUUCACUCACUUCUGGCUUCUCGCCACGACUCUGAUGCUGAUCCAUCAGUUUCAAGCAUCUGACAUGAGCCCUGUGGCGGAGGAGGGCCCCCUCGCGCAGCUCGCCCACACAGCCCACCGGCGGGAAAAGCGCUGCUCCUGUGAGAACCAGAAAGACAAGGAGUGUAUUUUUUUCUGUCACAUCGGCAUCGUCUGGGUCAACACCCCGAGCCAAGUGGUGCCGUACGGAUUCGGGUCGGUGCGCCUGCGGAGGGAGCUGCAGCGCUGCUUCUGUACGGACUCACAGGACACAGAGUGUUCCAGCUUCUGCUCUGAGCACAUACAAACACUGGAGGAGAACGCUGCUGUGAAGAGGAAGACUGAGAAGAUGAAGAGCUACAGAACUGCAUUGUGGGAAAAAAGAAGCCGGCACGCUCUCAAACACCAGACCUGAGACGGCGGCGCCUCACCACUAACACCAGCUCUUCAGAACCGAAGUCCUUAAAGUAUCUAAAGCAACUCAUAUCGGACCCGUUAGUACGUCACGCCGGUCCGGUCGUGUACAGUGACGUUUUUUGUUAAUGUGAUGAUGAUGAUGAUGUUUGAACCGGAGCUUUGAACACUGACAGGCUUUGGCUCACAAAAAGUAUGAACAUGUGACCUUUGUGUUGACUCCAAUCCGGUUUAGAUCCGGUUAGAAACAGCCGAUCCGCAGAAAACCUCAAACCUGAGCGUCCAGGGAGUCUUUACAGCUUUACAGGAGAGUUCCACAGUAAAAACUCCACAACUUUUUAUGUUUUGUCACAUUACAACCAUAAACUUCACUACAUGUUUAGGUCAUUUUAUGUGACAGGGCCGUCCGCCUAAACAGACUGAGCCUAGAGGUUCCUGGUAUCUCUGGAGGAGCUGCAGAAAUCCACAGCUCAGGUUGUAGAGGUUAAGGGCAAAUGUUGGCUGCACACCACAAGUCUGGAAAAGAGUAGGAACAUGUUGAAAGAAAACUGUAAAAAUCUAUUUUGGAGUUUAUGACAAAUCAACAAACAUAUAAGUCAUAUAAGAUGUCCAGUUAGCCACUAUACCUGCUGAGUUAGAAUGGUCUAGUCAAAGUACAAUUGAAAAUCUGUGACAAAACUUUAUUCUACCUGAUAUAACUCAAGUUAUUUUUCUGGGAUGAUUUGUUGGGGUUUAGGAGACCCAAUGAAAUUCAUUUUAGUUUGCGGUUGUUAUGUCACAAAAUGUAAGAAUGUUUGAAGGGAGAAAACACUUUUCAAUCUUACUACAGCUUGUAUGGUGCAGUAAAAGGGACAAAAAUCAGACAAAUGGACAGUCUGUGUCCAUUUGACACAAGAUAAGUCUGAACAAGUGAAAUACCAAAUCCUGCUUUCAGUUAAUAUAUAAUUAUGCCUGUUGCGUUCACACCUUUUUCCAUCUGACUUUUUCCUUCCACUAAACUUUCUGUGAAUAUGCUCAGAUACAACGCUCUGUGAACAGCCAGUUCACAGAUGUUGAAAAUAAAUCUGGCAGCUCACCAAUAAGAGGUUAUUUGUCUUAACAGCAGCGCUUCAUGACCAAGGAGAACAUUGUGUCCAGUUCAUUUUUUUAACAGAAAAAUGGCUCUGAAUGGAGAUUUUAUUUUUAUUUGAAUGUCUGACUUUUGUUUCUCUUACUCCAUCAUAUCAUGAUCAGCAACAGGAAAAAAAAAACAGCUUUUAGGGUCAAAAGUGAAACAUACGGUGUGGAAACUAGUGGAGUACAGUAUUAUUUUUGCAGUUUUUUGAAGCUUUUCUUUGGAUUUUGGCUUCUUAAUUUCAGGCGAGUCUUUGUUACUAGCUACUCUUCUGAAAACAAUGUUCCUCUCAAACAUGAUUUGCAGUUUGACUCUGUUAGAUGUGAAUUAAGCUCCUUUAUGCUGGGCUCAACGGCUCUGCUCUGAAUCUCCUUUUUAACAUUCAGAAAAGGGACUGAAUGACUGACGAGGGAUGAUAAAUUACAGAUAAAAACCGCUCGUUCGAAGACUAAUUGUACGAUAAUCGGGAAAAGGACUGUGAGGAUUUCAGCUGCUGUCAGAGUUGCAGACUCAUCGUGUGAAUAUGAAUAAUAUUAAUGAUAAUAAUAAUAUAUCUGUCUGUAAAGAAAUGUUUUUGCUGCUUCGCAUAACGUUUUGUGUAUUUCUUCCAUGAAUGCAUGCAUCAACCAGCAGUAACAGCUGUUUGCUGUUUCUCUGUGUUUAUAUCUGCACCUUUGCUUUUUCCUCCGACAUGUUAAAGUAUCGCUGAAGAAUAAUGCACACAGAUGGUAGAGUGUAAAAUAAAGUAUUUAUUUCAUGUCUAACCCUA